CUUAACCCAAAUGUAAGUGUAUUUCAGAGAAAAUAUGUGAACGAAGUGAAGAAGUGUGAAGAGAUGGAAAGAAUACUUGGGUAUUUAGUACAAGAAAUUAAAAAGGCAGAUAUUCCACUUCCUGAAGGAGAUGUUGCCCCUCCUGCACCUUUGCUGAAACACACUUUAGAAAUCCAGGAGCAGCUGCAGAAGCUGGAGUCAGAAUUGAGGGAAAUAACUAAAAACAAAGAAAAAUUGAGGAGAAACCUGCUGGAACUGACCGAAUAUCGGUGCAUGUUAGAUGUCACGCAGAGGUUUGUCAGGAGAACACCCGAGUAUGAAUCCCGUUUACAUGCCAAUUAUGAAGAGUUUCCAUCUGUGGAGAACGAGCCCUUAGUGGAUUACAACUGCAUGCACAGACUGGGUGCCAAGCUGGGGUUCAUCUCUGGGUUAGUUCACAUAACAAAAAUUGAAGCGUUUGAAAAAAUGCUUUGGAGAGUCUGUAAAGGCUACACUAUCCUUACCUAUGCAGAGUUGGAUGAGUCCCUGGAAGAUCCAGAUACAGGUGAAGCCACAAGGUGGUUUGUUUUUUUAGUGUCCUAUUGGGGUGAACAAAUUGGCCAGAAAGUUAAGAAGAUUUGUGACUGCUACCACUGUCACGUGUAUCCCUAUCCCAACAACACGGAGGAACGUCAGACCGUUGUUGAAGGACUAAACGUUAGGAUUCAGGAUCUUCAUACUGUGCUGCAUAAAACUGAGGAUUACCUACGCCAAGUCUUGUGUAAAGCAUCCAAAUCCAUCUAUACGUGGGUUAUCCAAGUGAAGAAGAUGAAAGCCAUUUACCACGUGCUCAACCUGUGCAGUUUUGAUGUGACAAAUAAGUGUUUAAUUGCUGAGGUUUGGUGCCCAGUGGCUGAUCUGCAGAACUUGCGCUUUGCCUUGGAGGAAGGAUCAAGGAAGAGUGGAGCUACAAUUUCUUCAUUCAUAAAUACCAUCCCAACAACACAACCUCCUCCAACAUUGAUACGUACAAAUAAAUUCACCUCAGGGUUCCAGAACAUUGUUGAUGCUUAUGGAGUUGGAAGCUAUGGGGAAGUGAAUCCAGCUCUCUAUACCAUCAUCACUUUCCCCUUCUUGUUUGCUGUUAUGUUUGGAGACUUUGGCCAUGGUUUGCUAAUGUUCCUGUUUGCACUCCUGAUAAUUCUGUAUGAAAACCACCCUAGGUUUAAAAGAUCACAAGAUGAGAUAGUGAAGAUGAUAUUUGAAGGCAGAUACGUGAUUUUGCUGAUGGGGCUGUUCUCCAUAUACACUGGAUUGAUCUAUAAUGACUGUUUUUCAAAGUCAUUAAAUAUUUUUGGAUCUGGAUGGAAUGUUUCAGCCAUGUUUGAGAAGGUUUGGCACAAGGAGGAUCUGAAGUCUCAUCAAUUUUUAGCACUGGAUCCAAAUAUUUCUGGUGUAUACAAUGGAGCUUAUCCCUUUGGAAUCGAUCCGAUAUGGAACUUGGCAAGCAACCGUCUCACUUUCUUAAACUCUUUCAAGAUGAAAAUGUCUGUGAUUUUUGGGGUGACUCACAUGACAUUUGGAGUUGUGUUGGGGCUAUUUAACCACUUGCAUUUCAAGAAGAUGUAUAAUAUUUACUUAGUUUUUAUUCCUGAACUUUUAUUCAUGAUGUGCAUCUUUGGCUACCUUGUGUUCAUGAUCUUCUUUAAAUGGUUGGCAUACUCUGCAGAGGACUCUACAACUGCUCCCAGUAUCCUGAUUCAGUUCAUUAACAUGUUCCUGUUUCUUGCUGGAGGAACAGAGAGCUACACUGGCCAGGUUGCUCUGCAGAGGUUUUUACUUAGUGUUGCUUUCCUUUGUGUUCCUGUAAUGCUGUUUGGGAAACCACUUUAUUUAUACUGGUUGCACAGCGGAGGUCGAGGCAUAAGAAUGUACAGGAGUGGCUACAAGCUUGUCAGAAAAGAAAGUGAAGAAGAACUUUCUCUGCUGAGGUGUCAUGAUGUGGAAGAAGGCAGCAGUCACCUGGACAGUGGGCAGAGAGAGGGGGAUGCAGAGGAGUUUAAUUUUGCAGAUGUUUUUAUGAACCAAGUGAUUCACACCAUUGAAUACUGUCUGGGCUGCAUUUCUAACACAGCCUCAUACCUGAGACUUUGGGCAUUGAGUCUUGCUCACGCACAGUUGUCAGAAGUUCUGUGGCAGAUGGUGCUGAGGAAGGGCCUUCGUGUGGAUACAACCUAUGGGGUCUUGCUACUAGUCCCUGUUACAGCUGUGUUUGUGAUUCUGACAGUUUUUAUUCUGUUGGUCAUGGAGGGCCUUUCUGCUUUUCUCCAUGCUAUACGACUUCACUGGGUGGAAUUUCAGAACAAAUUCUACUCCGGGGGAGGAUACAAGUUUACGCCUUUCUCUUUCAAGCACAUUUCUUUACAUUUUAAUAAAGAUGAUGCAUCAUAGUUUGGCUGCUGUCAGCAGAAAUUGUCUGCAAAUAACCACCUGAUUACAUCUUGCCUGUGACUGGUUUCUUGUGGAAGAAAGUGGUUUUCACUGAUUGCCUUAUAAUGCAGCCAAAUAAUUCUGUAAGAUAUACCUCCCAUAGAAAGACACAGCAGAUCUGAAGCAUCUUGUAAAGUAUAUAGUUGAAAAGACUGUACAUUUUUCUUGAUAAACUAAUGUUGUAAAUUAAUUUUAUUCUU